UCAUCGCGAGAUUAUCAAACGUUAACUAAAAUGAUACGUAAGGGUGCAUGCCAAAUAGCCAGCUCAAUUCAUUCAAGUCCUCUUGCAGAGGUGCACGACGUUCCAAUGGACAUAAUUGUCAGACCUUUCCCUGCCGAUGUGAACGAGGAAAAGGUCCAAAGUUUAAUGAAUGCGUUGAAAAAUAUCGAAACUGAGGACACAGUACCACCCAUCGACAUUUUGUGGAUCAAAGGAAGCAAAGGUGGUGACUAUUAUUAUUCUUUUGGUGGUUGCCAUCGUUAUACCGCCCAUCAACGACUAGGUAAAGCGUCUAUUAAAGCCAAAAUAAUUCAAUCAACUUUAACAGAUUUACGAUGUUAUCUGGGAAAUUCUACUCCAGACUUGAAGUGAAUUGCAUGUAUAUACAUAUAUUUUUUA